CUUUUCCUUCUUAUCCCCCCUCCCAUCCCUCUCGAGACUCUUGUCCAGUCCCACGACAACCUCAAUCACAAUGUCUACCGCUGAGCUCGCCUGCUCCUACGCCUCCCUCAUCCUUGCCGAUGAGGGCAUUGAGAUCACCGCCGACAAGCUCCAGACUCUCCUGACUGCCGCUAAGGUUCAGGAUGUCGAGCCCAUCUGGACUUCCAUCUUCGCCAAGGCUCUCGAGGGCAAGGACAUCAAGGACCUCCUGACCAACGUUGGCUCCGCUGGUGCUGCCGCUCCCGCUGCCGUUGGUGGUGCUGCCGCCGCCGCUGGUGGUGAGGCUGCUGCCCCCGCUGAGGAGAAGGAAGAAGAGAAGGAGGAGUCCGACGAGGACAUGGGCUUCGGUCUCUUCGACUAAGCGUCUUUCCCCCGGGCUUCCCGUUUAUUUUUCCUUUUGUCUUUUCCUCGACCUCGUUUCUUUACUACCUCGUUUUUAUCAACCCCUCAUAUCUCUUUGUACCCGAUACUAUACAACCCGCACGAAGACCAAAAAAGGGAAAAAGCAAAAAAGAAAAAUCUACGGACAAGGACAUCCGAUGGGACUGGGCGCUGUGCUUGCAUGAUGGACUCCGUCGUGGCAGAGGUACUGGACCGAAUGACGCUAGGAUUUCGGCUGUUGGGA